UGAUCUUGUCUCAACUACACAUAUUUUCACUUUAUUCAAUUGCUUAUGCUGACACACACUCAGCUCUUCAAAGUUCCUUAUUCUUUUUUACCCACUAUCUCUCUUUUUAUACAUGUGUAUCUAUAUAUGAUUUAGUGCAAUUUUCUGCAUUUUCCCCCCCUCACAGGCAUUCUAGAUCUUCCACUUCUGAAGAAGGAGCUAAUCGAGCUUGGAGUUUUGAAUUUUGGGGGUCUGCAGAUGGGCAUUUUCUGCUGAGAAAAUGGGGGAAAGAAGGGAGAUUGGAAUUUUUGGGUUGUUAUGGGUCUUCUCUGAUCUGGUUUCAAGAAGGAAAUUGACAUCUCUACUCAACUAUGUUAACUAGUUGUAGUGAGAUGGGGUUUCCACAUUAUCCUUCUAUUUUGCUGUGAAUGUUGAAGUGAUUCUGGUUUGUGAAUGAGAAAAUGGAGGUUGAGAAACGAGGUUCAAGGGGAGGCUUUUUUCACAUGUUUGAUUGGAAUCGAAAAUCUCGCAAGAAGCUGUUCUUGAACAAUUCUGAGUUAUUUGAGGAAUUGGGGCAAGGAAAAGAAAGGGUUGAGAAUCUAGGGGCUCUACGGCCUUCUCAGGAAGAGGUGGAUGAGAAUGGAGCAAGUUCAAGCAUUAAAGGAAGUAGUGAUUACAAUUAUGCUUCAUCAGUUAGUGGUGAUGAUGGUUAUGAAACUAGGGCCCCCGGGGUUGUUGCUAGACUCAUGGGAUUAGAUUCCUUGCCAACGUCAGGUGUUUGUGAGCCUUGUUCUUCUUCAUCGCUCGACACUUGCUCUCUUAAAGAUGUUCAUUACAAGGGCUUUCUUAGUGAGCAUCAUUCUAUGAGCUACAACAAUAUGCCCAAUAAAUUAGAGGGGGAUCGUGUGAGCCCUGUGGAAUCAAGGCCACGGAGGGUUCAGAGGCGGCCAAUUGAAAGGUUUCAAACCGAAAUGUUGCCUCCAAAAUCGGCUAAAUCAAUCCCGUUUACCCACCAUAAGCUGUUGUCUCCUAUCAAGAGCCCUGGGUUCAUCCCUACGAAGAAUGCAACUUACGUAAUGGAGGCAGCUGCAAAGAUUAUUGAGCCAGGUCCUCAUGCAACCCCCAAGCGUAAAGUUCCAUCCGUUGGGUCAUCGUCAGUUCCCUUGAGAAUUAGAGAUUUGAAAGAGAAAAUGGAAGCUGCACAGAAAUCAUCAAGGCUCCAAAGACCCAAGCAGUCUACUGAUGUUAAGCAUAUGAACGGGCAGAUUAAUGGCAAGAGAUUCAAUGGAUCAGAAGACACACCAUCGCUCAAUAAUUCUAAGGAUUUGGUAAAACGUAAUUCUGACAGCAUGAAGAAAAAGGGAAAAUCAGUUUCACUUGCAGAACAAGCAAAGGUCAACAUUCAGAGAAAAGAAGGACCUUCUUCCAGUAACAGGAGUUCUAUGAACCCUAAGGAACAUACCGAAGUUAAGUCAGGCCAGUCUUCCAAGAGCCAGCCAAGUAUGCAAAAGAAUAUGCUGAAGAGAACCUCUACAAACAGGACUUCCAAUGCGCUUAAGCAGAAUAACCAGAAGCAAAAUGGUGGAUCUACUAGGGAUGUUUUGACUUCCAAAACUGCAGUCUCCAAUCAGAAGUCCAAAAAAGCUCCAUCCGUGAAUGGUUCUUUUGGGCCAAGUAAGACUGUAAAUAAAGUAGUUAUAAACACUGAAGCUGGAUCCAAGAAAAUGGGCUCAGUGGCAAAUGAUAUUAGAAAGGAAUCUUCAUUAUCUAAAACAAAGAAUGCUUCUCGGAAGAAACUGUCUGUUGAUGGGAAUAUUUGUUUUGAAGGAAGCAUUGCUGAUGGUGUAUUGACCAACAAAGAUGUGAAGUCUAUAAAAUGUAAUGUGGCAGUUGAAGGGGGCACGGAUUGGGGGGGCGAUAACAUUAAAAAAGGGAUGGAUGUUGUUUCAUUUACAUUCACAUCUCCCAUGAAAAAACCAAUUCCUGGAUCCAUGUCCUCUGAUCAAGUCAUGGAAGCAAAAUACCAAUUUAAUAUUGAUUCUAAUGAUGAAAAUGAUGCACAUGGCUCAAAAAAUUCAUCUAUAUCUUCUCUGGGGCCGAAUGUAAUUGGUGCUGAUUCCUUGGGUGUUCUUUUGGAGCAAAAGCUUAGGGAACUAACAUUUAGAGUUGGGUCGUCCCACUCUGAUCUGUUCGCACCGGGGACUGCUGCUAGUUCUACAUCCAGGUUGCAAGAUUCAGAUUUGAGGGUUAAUGUAGUAGCGCCCACUUCAACAAAACACACCAGUAGGUUAUUACCUGACCUACAUGAGGAUAAAUCAGAUGGUCCACAUUACUUUGAUUUCUCUUCAGUUGGUGGUCUCCAAGCAAACCAGAAGUGGCAGGUCCAUGUAUCUGAAGGAAUGGAAGAGCUUAGUGGUAACAGCAACAAUAAUGAAAUGGGAAAUGGACUUUCUGGUCAACAUCCUAGCCCGGUCUUAAGCCUUGAAUCCUCUUUUUCGAAUAUAACUUGCAACUCCCCAGAUAGCAGAAACAGUUAUAGCGUGAAUGGUAGUGAGCAGUGUUCAUUGGCUGAAACCGAUGAAGUGGACAGUUGGACCUCCAGAAGUAAAUCCCAAUUGGCUGAAGGUGAAGCAGAGUUAUCUGAUUCAGCCUCUUCCGUAUCCAUCCUUCAUAUGAACCCAAGGAAUAUGGCUUCAACAUCCCAUUUGACAGAUUUCAAGGAAUCAGUGAACUGGGAACUAGAAUACAUGAGAGAGAUACUCUGUAAGGCAGAGUUGACACUGGAGGAUUUUGCGUCGGGUCAUACCCACAAGUUCAUCACCCCCAAUCUCUUUGAUCAGUUGGAGAAUCAAGAACCCAGAUCAGAGAGAAAUGGAGAAGAGUCCUCCAAGCUUGGGCGAAAGGUUUUGUUUGACUACAUGGGUGAAUUCCUAGAUCUGAGAUGUGGGCAGCUUUUCGGUGGAAGCCGCAAAGCAUGGGCUAAAUGGGCGACAUUGAUUGAGAGGAAGGGGUGGUUGGCAGAGGAAUUAUACAAUGAGAUUUUGAGUUGGAGAAGCAUGGGAGAAUUCAUGGUGGAUGAGCUUGUGGACAAGGACAUGAGCACCCAGUAUGGGAAAUGGCUUGAUUUUGAAUUUGAAGCAUUUGAAGAGGGUGUAGAGAUUGAGAACAUCAUAAUAACUUCUUUGGUUGAUGAACUGGUUGAUGAUUUAUUUUCAUUCUAAACCCCUUCCAAAAUUUGUCUUCUUUUAUUUCAACUCCAAUGUAAUCGAGGUGAACUCUUCACAUGAUGGAUUUGUAUUAGUUUCUUUCUGGUAGAAAAAGGAAAUAUUCUCUCUAAA